GCCAUGCAAGAUUAUUGAGGCAGGGAUCGAAGAGGAGCAAGGCUACUGAUGAAAACAAUACCAAGAACAAUGCUCGCUGACGCCGACAUCUUAUAAGCAUUUGACGAAUUCAUAGAAAGCGAUGGAGAUGGACUUGGACAGCCGGGAAGAUACCCCCGCGAGCAGCGGUGAUACCACCGAUAGCGAGCUGCCGUCGCAUCCUGGGGAUGCGCUUCGUCCUAUAUCGAAUCUGCGCCAUACCUCACAGGAGAAUCAUUCGCAGAACGGGAACUCGAAAAGCAGAUAUCCUACUCCGCACUACAAGCUACGGUUUAUUUUGGAGGGACAUAAAGCUGGGGUUACAAAUGUCAAGUUUAGUGCGGACGGCAAAUGGAUCGCGACGUCGUCUGCGGACAAAUCUAUCAAAAUAUGGAAGGCGGAUGAUGGCGAAUACGAAAUGACUAUCGAAGGGCAUGGUCGGGGAAUCAACGAUAUAGCAUGGUCUCAUGACUCGCGUGUUAUAGUCUCAGCAUCAGACGACAAGACUGCGAGAGUAUGGGACGUCGCCUCGGGACAUAUACUACGCAUACUGAGGGGCCAUACAAGUUACGUUUACAGCGUCGACUUUAGCCCCAAAGGCAACCUGGUUGCAUCGGGAAGCUUUGACGAGUCGAUAAAGAUAUGGGACGUAAAGAAAGGGGUAUGUUUACGUACUCUUCCCGCGCACUCUGAUCCAGUAUCGUCUGUGCACUUCAGUCGAGACGGCACCAUGAUCGUGUCUUGCAGUCACGAUGGUCAAAUCCGGCUAUGGGAUACUGCGUCCGGCCAGUGCCUGAAAACCAUGAUCGAAGACAACAACUCCCCUGUGUCGAACGUACGAUUCUCGCCAAACGGGAAAUACCUACUCUCCGGCUCGCUUGAUUCCUCGGUUCGGUUGUGGGAUUACUUGAAAGGCAAGCGCGUGAAAACGUAUCAGGGCCAUAAGAACGAGAAAUAUAUCACAGUGUCAACCUUUUCUACAACAAGAGGCGUAUGGGUUGUGAGUGGGUCCGAGGACGGACAGAUUGUGUUUUGGGACGUGCAGACAAAAGAAGUAGUCCAGACUCUUGGGAAGCAUGAAGGAGCCGUUUUAUGUGUCGAUGCACAUCCUUCUCAGAAUAUGCUAGCCUCUGCAGGAAUGGAUAACCUUGUACGAGUAUGGAUUGAGCAAUAAGAUAGACAAAAUUGAUUUCAGGGUUUAUUAUGGUACGGGCAAAGAUACAGUUAUGUACGUUAAUAAA